AAUACUUUUGGUCAGGUAACACACCUGUGUCCCGGUAUCUUUAAAUGUCAUUUGACGCUCAUUGACGUUACUUUAAUACGCUUUUAACGAUUCGUUUCGACAUUUAUAUGCACAAGUGUAGGACAAUGUUUACAAUCAAGAUGUAAUUUGGACAGAUUUAACCAUGUAUGGAUCUCGCAAAAUUGUAUUGAUCUUAAUUUUAUUCACGGUCAUCCUUCUCGCGGUAUUUUAUUCUGAUUUCAUUUGGAGUAAACCUUCAGCACACAUAGUGAGGACUUUAAGUUACAGCAAUUCUUCAAGAACACCCAACUUCCCCAGACCAAAUAUAGGGCCUUUCCGCAAUGACAAUCCAACAGCUUGUUCCUGUCAAAAGACAGAUCCGGCAAACAAAUAUGUGUCAAAAGACGAACUGGAGGAGAUGCAGAAACGCCGUGCGGAAGAGUUCAGACAACACCAGAUCAGGACGGGCAGAGAAAAUGACGUGCUUAUUCUGGCUCCUGCAAACACUCCACUCCAGUAUCCAAUUAAAGGCUUCAGAGUCACUCCUAUGAAUAAAACACGCAUUCCUGGUCUAGCGCUGCAAACAGAAGCAAGACCCGUUUACAAGGUGUCUCUAAGGGUCCAGAAGGGGCGUCUCUCAGUGCUGGAUGUCCAGUUCGGAGAACAGGUGGACGGACAAAAUGAGAAAGAACUAAGCAUCUCGUCUAGCAGCCUAAAACAGCUGAACGAGCUCCUUAGCAGACUGACCUACACCAGCACCGUCUACCACAUCAAAACACAAGACCUCGCGUAUUUCUCUUUUGAAAACCAUGAGGUCAUAUUCCCAAUUGAGAUCAGACGUUUGUCAGUUCCUGUUUUGUUUGACCCAGGGAAAGAUGUGAACUCACAGGUGACCGUGCUAAUUAAAACGUUUUUGAGAUAUAAAGAGCUGAAUGUCCUCAUACAGAGCAUCCGCUCGCACUAUCCCAAAAUCAAGAUCAUUGUUGCUGAUGACAGUCUGGAACCAGAGAAGGUGAAGGGUGAAAAUAUCGAGCAUUAUAUAAUGCCACCGGCACAGGGUUGGUUUGCAGGCAGAAAUCUGGCACUAUCGCAGGUCACCACAAAAUACUUCCUGUGGGUGGACGAUGACUUUGUGUUUCUAGAAAACACAAACAUCGAGAGCUUUGUGAAGAUUAUGGAAGCCAAUCCUGAACUAGACGUGGUUGGUGGUCAAGUAGAAUCGAACCAGUUUUCCUUCAGGCUGGAGUAUGAGGAGGGCAGCAGCGAUGAAGGCGGUUGUAUCACACGUGUAAUGCAGACCAGGGCACCUCUGCCAGGGUUUGACGGCUGCUUUUUCGUAGACGGAGUCGUCAACUAUUUCAUGGGUCGAACGGAGGCUGUGCGGAAGGUCGGAUUUGACCCAUUCCUCAAAAGAGUGGCUCACACCGAAUUCUUCAUUGACGCACUUGGGGAUUUAUUGGUCGUCACCUGCAAAGAUCUCAAGAUCGGACACCAAAAACACAGUAACACGAACAAAUACUCCUCCUACAGGCAUCCCUCAAAAAGUGACUCGAAUGCAAAAAUGACCCACCAUUUCUUCAAGAAUCAUCUAAAAUGCAUCAAAUACUAAGGCGGCGUUCUUCAAAGUUAACGAAAUACCUUGUUUUUUUGGUAUGUUUUAAAAGACUAUUCGAAACGUUAACAGGUAAGCUGACUGCUUUGACUUCAAUAUGUUGAAUGUUGCAAUUUUGGUUGUAUCUACUGAGUAAUCUGAUUACUAAAGCUGUUGAAGAUCAUGGGUAAUGGGUGAGUGAAAAUGUAAAGGGUUUUGUUUAUUUCUCUUUAAUUUAAAUGUUAUUUAUAUGGGUUCUUCGCUAAGUGGAGCAAAAACAUUUAAUUAUGUGCAAAUGUAAUUAUGUGGUUGUUAAAGUAGAGAAUGAGGUGAGGUUGAAAUGAGGGCUGUUGAAAUAAGUUUACAAACCUUCUGGGUUUAAAAAAACAUUUGCUGUCAUACGAUUCUCAGGUGCUGCAUGCAUAUAAUGCAGAAACUCGACUGGUUAAACCAGUUAUUAAAUGUAUGACCUGUUGCCCACUUUGCUGCUUUUUUUUAACUGCUUUAUAUAAAUCAUUUAUAAAAGUAUAAACCACCAGCAGAAAAGUAAAAAAAAACAAAACUGUUAAACGGAAACAUUUAUCAAAACAAAGAAAGGAUAAAAGAAGAAACUGCAUUUAGGUUUACAUGCUUUAUUUAUAAGGAUCGCCAGUCUUUCACAAACAGUCCUUUGCAACCAAGGCUCAUUUUGAAAACGUACCCCUAUAUACAUUUCUCGAGAGCGCCAAAUACAGCCGAGGAUCUACUUUUUUUGGGGAGUUUUUGUUUUCCCAAAUCCACCAAAGGCCGCUGUGUAUGCUUUUUAAGAUCUCAAAUUUCUCUCGCGAGUGCCAUUUGCGCCUGCUUUUCUUGUGGAAAUCCACCAGAAGUCGCUGUAGAUUGUUUCACUGCCUGACGCACCCUCCUCCUUCCCUAAACCCAACCAAUAAUGUUUUCAAAAGCACCAAUUGACCUGUCCACCCUAUUCCCUAAACCCAACCAACAGUUUUCAAAAGAUAUCCAGAAAAAGCCCUCGCCUGAUUUUUACCAUGUUUUCAGCUUUUACCACAUUCUCACCCUGUGAUUUAUUUGUUUAUUUUAUUGUUUGGACUCUGUUUUUCUCUGCUUUCUGGAAGCGUUCUUCACCAGACUUGAAUCCCGUCAUCGUGGUUAACUCCUUUCUGUGUCUCAAGUUCUGGACAAAUGUAACGACGGGAAAGCUGUCCACAUGGAGGAAAGCGGUCGGAAGGAAGGAACGCCGUCAUUCCGCCCUGUGGCAUACGUUUUAAAGACGAAAUGCAGCCAUGCACACCUCUGGCUACAUAAUUUAUAAUCUCCAGAAAUGUCUAUAACGCCAUGUUUUCAGAAUGAGCCUUUGUUGGUUCUUUGUUUUGCUCUUCACUGGUUUUGCAUUGUUGCCACAUUUAUUUAUUAUUUUUUUGUUAUGCCAAUAAAGAGUUCGUGCUUUGUUGUCAGUUUUUUGAGAAAAUAAAGAUUUGUUUUUUUUUGUA